AGGCCACAAGCACAUCAUCCUAACCCAAACCCAAAUGUCCCUUUCUUAGUUAGUAGGCAGUACUACCUUUUAUCACACUCUCACUAACUCGCACGUUUUAUAUUAUUUUUUUACCCUAUUUAUCCCACGUUCCUCUUUCCUUUCUAUCACCUCAUCAUUUCUUUCCUCUCUUUCUUUAACUCCCUCUCCCCCCUCCUACAACACCACUAUAAAUUCCAAACUAAUUCCUUCUCUUUUUUCCAUCAUCAUCUUAAACAAAUUUACCUAGCUAGAGAUUUCGUAUUUUUACGAAAAAAAAAAACAAUAUAUAAGAUCAUGAGUUGUGUUCAGGAUUGGCCUGAGCCAAUAAUUCGAGUCCAAUCCCUAUCAGAUAGUGGAUUGGACCGGAUACCGGACUGCUACGUCAAACCAGUGACGGAGCGGCCGGUAGUGGAACCCGUGGUUACGGACAGGUUGGACAUCCCCUUAAUAGACCUUUCAGGCCUCUUCUCUGGUGAUCCAUAUAAAGUCCAAGUCACCAGAGAAAAAGUAGGUGAGGCCUGCAGGGUUUGGGGAUUCUUCCAAGCCGUUAACCACGGGGUCCCUCCUGAUCUCAUGGAUCAGGCGCGCCAAACUUGGCGCGAGUUCUUUUACCAACCCAUGAAAGAGAAACAAAAGUACGCCAACGACCCUAAAACUUAUGAAGGGUAUGGAAGUAGACUUGGAGUUGAGAAAGGUGCUGUUCUUGAUUGGAGUGAUUAUUACUUCCUUCAUUAUCUUCCUUCUAACUUGAAGGAUCACUGCAAAUGGCCUGCUCAACCUCCUCAUCACAGGGAGGUGGUCGAGAAGUACUUAAGCGAAGUGGUGAAAUUAGGUCAAAGAUUAAUGAAAGUAUUUUCGACAAAUCUUGGAUUAGAGGAGAAUUAUCUUCAAAAUGCAUUUGGAGGGGAGGAAAAUGGAGCUUGCUUAAGGGUGAAUUAUUACCCAAAAUGCCCACAACCUGACUUGACCCUUGGACUGUCCUCUCAUUCGGAUCCGGGUGGGUUAACCAUUUUGCUGCCGGAUCAUGAUGUACCGGGUCUUCAAGUCCGUAGAAAUGACAAAUGGAUAACCGUUAAACCCGCUCAACAUGCUUUCAUCAUCAACGUUGGUGACCAAAUUCAGGUGCUAAGCAAUGCUAUAUACAAGAGUGUAGAGCACAGGGUAAUUGUAAACCCUAAUAUAGAGAGAAUUUCGUUGGCAUUCUUCUACAAUCCAAGGGGUGAAUUGUUAAUUGAACCAGCAAAGGAACUUGUUAGUUCCGAGAAUCCAGCAUUGUAUCCAUCUAUGACGUUUAAUGAAUAUCGUCUCUACAUUAGGUUAAAGGGUCCUCGUGGAAAGUCUCAAGUGGAAUCAUUGAAAUCUCCAAGAUAAAAGAAAAAAAAAAUCAUCAAAUAUAUACUUCAUAUAAGUUAUUAUCUAAGCAUGAGUUAGUUUAUUGUAUAUGUAUUUUGCCUUUUGUGGCUAUCAAAUGUAAUUUCAAGGAAAUAAAUCAAUAUAGUCAUAAUUAUUCG